AUGUUCCCGGUGCGCGUUGUAGUGGAAUCGGUUCGACCACAACAAUGCCUCACUUGCGCACGUGAUGGUCAUAUGCUUGUCGAUUCUUAUGCAAUUGUUUCCGGUGCGACUUUGCUCAGUCAGCUGGUCGAUACAGUGCUUAGUGCUUUAGGCAUGCCACAAUUGGCCGUCAAUUCAAAAGGCUUGGUACAGGUAGCAAAUUGGAAAGCGUUGCCAUUCGAUCAGAUUACGGAUAAUUUAGACGAUACGGUGGAAUCAUUGCUCAAAGAUAUCAGCAACCAUAUUACUCUUAAAAUUUUAACUAAACAAUCUUCAACAGAUGCGUCGAGUUCACAGUGUAUAUCGGAUCUCAGGCAACGUCUUCUCAAAGCAGCGAUUUCGAAGCAGCCACACAUCCUUUCUACCGUUGAUAAUCAACAAAUUAAGGAUCUGAUAUUGCAAGUAGUAGCUGGCGAUGAACCAUCAAUGCUCAACUUUGAUCAAAUCCAGGCAAUUAAUGAAUGGUUGGAACAACUGGAUGAUAAUCAUGUCGAUAGAAAAAGUCCAUAUAUCACAAGGUUCAAUCAUUUGUUGGAAACGCCAAAGUUGGAACGAUGGUUUCGUACCGACCCCAAUCCAUCCCGACAGAAACUGAUUAAUUAUAUGAACGUACUCAAUGGUUCCAGUUAUCGGCGGCAUAAUGUUAAAGUAACGUAUCAGCAAAUCUGUAAUUGGUUUGCAAAUCAACGUGCUGCUAAUAGGAAAUCACCUCAAUCGAAUCAUACUAUUGUUACACAUUGUCCAUUAUCAGUGGGGCAGUCAUCCAUUUUACUUCCACCCCAGUCACAUUCUAGUCCAUCUGGUGAAUUCCGUCCAAAAUUUGAUUUUAAUAGUUUGUUGGACAGCAAACAAGCCAAUGGAAACAGCAGUGAACGUAUCGAAGGAGGCUCAGAAUCGCCGACACCGAAUGAUGAUGUCAGUGUACAUAGCGCCAGCGACUGUGGUUUUGAUCAGGUUUCUGCGUUGAAACAGGAUUCUGCAACUUCAUCUCCGGAAAUAUCUUUCGAUUUAAAUGGUGGUCAUGCGUCAAUAUCGCCGAAACCAGCCGGUGGAGACACUGUUGGACAUCAACAAAUAACAAGCAAUGGCAGUGGAAAUGGUAAUGGUAUAUCAGGACAACCACAGCAAAUACAGACACCCUCGAAUACAGUCGCUAGAUCAAGAUUAAUGUUCGAUCCACUCACGGAGUUGCCAGUCCUAGAGAAAUGGUUUGAAGAAAAUCCACAUCCUACUUGGCUACAGAUUGACCAUUAUACAGAAGCGCUGAACAGCUGUCAAUAUAGACAAAGUUAUCCACCAAUUUCAACGCACAAUGUUAAAAUCUGGUUCAAAAAUCGACGGGCCAAAUGUAAACGUAUGCAGACUGGUGAUUUGAAUUUGAAGAUGAUGAUUUGA